UCCAUCACCAAAACACACACACACACACACACACACACUAAUGUAAUAAAUGCAGUCAUAGCUCUAUAUUUUUACUAUAGUUCUUGCUCUUGCCCAAUUCCUACUCUCCUUUGUCUGUCUCUGACGCUACAACAUUACUCCCAUUUAUUUCUUUCAUUUCCUUUUCCACCAUUUCUAAAGACUCCUUUUUUCUACCUCCCAUUUUACUGCUUCUGAUUGUGAUUUCACCCUCUAAAUUUUUUGGGAUUCUUUACCUAUCUACUGCCUUCAUUUAAUCCAUAGGGGAAGACUGGUUUUCUUGAAACAAGCAUUUAUUUUUAGUUGCAUUCAUCAUCAAACAAGAGGGUUUUCUUUGCUGCCAUCAGAAAGGAAGGUGGUUUAUAAAAAUCAUAUUUUUAUCGAAAAGGAUACCGACACAACGAUGAUCAUGAGGAGGAGAUUAGCUUGUUGUACGAGAAACAUAAGAGAUAUGAGCAAUGACUUUGAUGAACAAGAAAGGAUGACGACGUAUAAUGGUCUUGAGAGCUGCAUUCAUUCGUUCGAUAACGAUAGUGGCACCAGCAGAGGGGAAGGCUGUGUCACUGACUCCUUUGAUGAUGAUGACUCGAGCUGCUCGUCCAGCACUAAUGCUUUCGGAUCGUUCUCCUCUCUACGGACGAUAAUGAAGAAAGACGAUGAGUGUCAAGAUGAGUGGAAGUUCACAGCAACCCUUCGUCCGACCCUUGCAAAUGUAAAGCCACACAAAUUCUCAGAUGUCGAAACAAUGAAAGAAAAGUUUGCUAAGCUGUUGCUCGGGGAGGAUGUUACCGGUGGGAAAAGGGGCGUCUCAACAGCAUUAGCGCUGUCGAAUGCUAUCAAUAGUCUAGCAGCAUCUGUCUUUGGUGAGCUUUGGAAGCUGGAGCCGUUGCCAGAGGAGAGGAAGAGCGAAUGGCGAAGGGAAAUGGAAUGGCUGCUCGCCCCAACGAACUAUAUGGUCGAGCUGGUUCCUGCAAAGCAAAACGAAGCCAAUGGCCAAACUUUAGAGAUCAUGACUCCAAAAGCUCGAGCCGACAUCCACGUGAACCUUCCAGCACUUCGGAAACUGGAUUCCAUGCUCAUUGAAAUGCUCGACUCGAUGGUGAAUACCGAAUUCUGGUAUGCAGAGGUGGGCAGCCGAGCUGAAGGAAAGAGCCGAAGCGCUGGACAGAGCACGCGGUGGUGGCUUCCUUCCCCACGAGUGCCCACAGUCGGCCUCUCGGAGAUAGAAAGAAAGAGAUUGCUGCAUCAAGGCAAACUGAUCUUUCAAGUGUUCAAAGCUGCGAAAGCCAUCAACGAGAGUGUCUUGGCUGAUAUGCCGAUCCCUGCCACCAUCCGCGACGCGCUCUCAAAGUCGGGGAGGGCGAGCCUCGGAGAGGAACUGUACAGGAUCCUGACUGCAGAGUGUCUGUCUACCGAGGAUAUGAUCAGCUGCCUGAAUCUGAAAUCCGAGCACGGUGCUCUCGAUGCCAUCAACCGACUGGAAGCUGCUAUACUCGCGUGGAAGGAGAGAGUGGCGGAGCAAGGCAACGGGAAGUCCCCAAUUCGAACGUCGUGGUCUUUCGUUAAAGUAGAACUCGAUAAGAUGGAAUGGUUGACGAACCGAGCCGAACUACUGCUGCUGCAGCUCAAGAGCAAGUAUCCAAAUCUUCCUCAGACAUUCCUAGAUGUCACAAAAAUCCAGUAUGGCAAGGAUGUGGGGCACUCGAUUCUUGAAGCUUACUCCCGAGUUGUAUCUAACUUAGCAUUCAGCAUUCUGUCACGGCUAGGAGACAUUCUUCAAGAAGACAUAACUAGCAAUCCCAACUCUCCGGUGGCGAUGUCGCAUCUCGUCGGAGCUAGAGUUCCGGGUAUCACGGACAGCCCGAUGCUCGACCGCGUCAGGCACUCCCUCAUUCACCAGUUGAACGCUGUGGAUGUGAAGAAACUUUGCGACUCAGGCAGCGAUGUUUCCGAUGUCGACACUCAUUGCGGCAAAGCUAAGAUAAGCUUGGUGAGCAGUGUGACGCCUAGCCGGAACCGAGUUUGGUGCUUCGGCAGUCCGCAGUUUGUGUGGUCAAAAUUCUCCUAGAUACCAACUCAUAAUCUAUGUAAAUAACACUCCCUGUUAUGUGGGCUCACAUUUUGAAACACAUGGUUCCAAGAAUACAUUCAUAUAUGUUUGUCAUGAAAAUAGGUUUUGAAUUUA